AAGGGCUUGGGUGGGAUUAGAGCCAGAUUUUUUAACUGCUGAAGUCUGCUAAACUCUGGGUUACGCUUAAAACACAUGCUUCUCUCUGAUUCCACAAAGUCUGUGUAUUGAGGAAAAUAUAGCGCUACUGGAUUAAAGUAUUGAAGACGGAAAUCUUUGCCAUUGAAAUACCACUCUCUGCACCAAAGAAGAAAUUCUUAAAAAGGAGAAAACUGCAGUAUUGUUUUAUGAAAAUUGAGAAAUAAUUGCAUACCAGGUUACACAGUAAAUCAAAGAGUGCUGGAUUUUUUUGAUCAAAGCUUUACUUUUUUAUUCCUGAACAAAAUUUCCUGAUGAUUUGCCUUUUGCUGAUGAUGUGCUGAUUCAAAUAUUCCACUGCCUGAGGUUUGGUAGCUGACUUGGAAAAGUUUUUUUUUUUAGUUUUUUUUUUUAGCAAUCAGUUUUUUGUUAAUUUUUUAGGAUUUUAUAACUGCAAGGCCAAUCCAUUCUUAUCCAUUCUAAUGAGUUGAUAAGUGCACCAGCCAUCAGUCUGCAGAGUUGAGUUUUCUUUUACAAGGAGAUGUAAUGCCUGUCUGACUGGUUCUGGAAUAGAACACUUACUGGAGAUCGAAGGAACAAUGAAGACUCAUUCUUGUAUCAUAAUGCAUCUCAUGGUGGUUUCAUGCGUUCGGCUCAUGCAGGGAAAUCCUGAUCAAAACUUCCAGAAGGCAGAAAAUAAGGAGGUGUGGGAGCAGAACGUUAGAUGUGCCUCCAGCCUCGAGGAGCUGCUGAGGCUGACGGACUACCCUGACUGGAAACUGUGGAAGUGCAGACUGAAGCUCAAGCAGGUCGCGUCCUCGCCGGGAGCGCGCUCGUAUUCCGCAGCGUCGCACCGCGCCACGCGCUACGCCGCGGCGUCUUACAGCCUGGAGAUUCUGAAAGCCAUUGAUGACGAAUGGCAGAAAACACAGUGCAUGCCCAGGGAGACCUUUGUAGAUGUGGCUAAGGAACUGGGCACCAAUACAAACAUAUUCUUCAAACCCCCCUGUGUGUCUGUCUUCAGGUGCGGUGGGUGCUGUAACAAAGAAGGCGUGAUAUGCAAAGAAACAAGUUUUACCUACGUAAAUAAAACCCUCUUAACAUUUUCAAUACCACUGAAAUACGGACCAGAGCCAGUUCUGAUAAAGGUGGCCAAUCACACUGAAUGCAAAUGCAUGGAGCCUGUGAUUAUCAGACGGCACGUACAGGAACACAGAGGAAACAGGUGUUCUUUUGGACUUAAAAACCCAGGUUCACACAAGCUAUGUGACAAAGGUCUCAUCUGGGACUGCAUGGCAGCUAAGUGUGUCUUGUACCCCUCCAUAAAAAAGAAAGAAGAAUUUUCUCCAAUUACCAAGUUGUCAGACUGUGGGCCUCCUAGGAUGUUUGAUGAAAACCAAUGUGAUUGUGUUUGUGAGAACAAUUGUUUCAGAAAUUACACAAUAAACCAGAAAAACUGUAGCUGCCAUUGUUCUCUAAACCAUGAGAUCUGUGCCACAGAAAACAAAGAGUUUGACCCAGGCUCCUGCAGCUGUAACUGAAAAUGGAAGAUAAAGCACUGACAUUCUGAAAGGUUGAGCGGUUUGAAAUUAGAAAUUAAUUUAUUGACGUGUCUAUGUCUGUCAUGCAUUUAAUGUUUAUAUUACUCCUCCCCCUCCUGCACACAAGAAGUGUAAAAAGGACCACAUUAAAUUACUUCUAAAUGUAAAGCUGUUAAGUUUUAGCAGAUGGUUUGUAACUUGGCUUCCUGUAGGCACUGAACAUAUAUUUUACAGUUUAAAAUCAUAUUUUUGUAUUUGUCA